GCGGACAUUCUUGGCAACAUGCCCAUGAGCAUCAGGAUGGACAUUAUCCAGAACUCAUACUCUGAGUGGCUGCGUACUCUCGAGAGACCCUUCCAUGAGGAGGACUUGGCAUUCAGGAUAGAGCUUGUUCAGAUGAUGAUGCCUCAACAUGUCUUGCAGAAUGAGGUGAUCAUUGAAGAGGGAGAAGUCACAGCAGAGGUCUAUGUCGUGAAUCAUGGCUGCCUGGAGGCAGUGUGUGAUGGCGAUCGCCAAGACAUAGCGCAGCUGAAGACGUGGGUUCAGCAGUGUUUGAAGCGGAGCGCAUUGGGUGAAGUCCUGAUGGAGCAGGAAUUUGAGGAUGGCACCCUGAUCCGACCUUCUACAUCUGAGGUCCUAUGUGGGAUUUAUCAAAGCGCAGAUGUUGUUGGUCAGAUCGCAGCCCUUCCCGUUCUGGUCCGCGGUUUUAGCAGUCGUACCGAUGUGCUGACCAUCAACAAGGAUGCGCUGGCAGAUGUUCAGCUUCGAUUUCCAGGUGCUAUGGCUCGUGCAGAGACCAACGAGGAGAAGCUGAAACACGAGAUGGUAAAGGUGCUCGGGUCCGAACUGAGGGUGAGUCACUGCGAUGAGCGUGAAGCGAAGUCUCUGGUUUUGAUUCACGGUGUCGCCAGCAGUGCAGACGACCUACCUCCUGUGGUGCUAAGCACAGAUCGGGCGACUCCGAUUCCGGCAGCUCUCCUGCGAGUACCCAGCGGGGAUACGAGGGACGACACCUCCGAGCCCAGUCCGCGAAAGAUUCGCUCGCUUGAUCCAGCAUCGUCUCCAUCGAGUCCGAGUCCUUCUCCACGUGGUGUCCGAGCCAGGAUCGACACAACGAAGACUUUGGGGAGUCUGUCGUCUGCAGGCACCAAAACGUCCAGAAGCUCCUCACAUCCUGUCCUGCUUUCCACGAGAAGGACAGACCCCAACACUGGAGCGGUCGAGUCGGUCGAGGAGACGGAGGUGAGCUUGGAGUUCAGAGAUGGAUAG